UUGAACAUAAACGAAAAAUCUGAAACGUGUUUCCAGCAUCAAGAUGUGCACCCUCAAUAAAAUUUGUUGUUGUUGCAAUCUACCAAUUGGAGCAGUGAUCAUUGCAAUCCUGGAUUGGAUUUUAACGGGCUUCCAAUGUAUAUUGGCUUGGUCUUUAUUACAUGCCCAAUUGAUAUAUACCUAUAUAAUCGGCUUUUUAAUCUUUCCCCAUUUCAUAUCGUGUCCACUUGUAAUAAUAUCAUAUUUCUAUCGAAAGAAGAUACUACCCAUGAUUUAUUUAAUUACUGGAAUAUUGCGCAUUAUUUCAUUAAUAGGUUACAUAAUUAUGCUUUUCAUUAUUUUAGAUUAUCGCCUAGAGAUUAUCAGUACAACAUUUCAAUUAAUACAGAUUGCUCUAGGUAUUUACUACUGGAUAUGCAUUUACUCCUGGUACAAAGCUCUAGAUAGCUCGGAAGAAACUUGAUUUCCCAUUGAGAAGAUAAUGUGCAGUUCAGCAAAUAACAAUAAAUAUUAGUACUCUAAAUCAUGCAGAAUCUCAAGAAA